CCAUAUAUCUCUUCAUCAAUCUAUAAAUCCCACCCGAAUCAUUCACCAAAAACACAAAUCAAAACCAAAUCAAAUCUCCCUCCUCAUCUAAACCCACACUUCCUCCACACAAUGGGCUCAGAAUCUCUUCCGACGAUUCAGACCGAAAUGGACGCCUGCAACUACGCCAUAACGCUCUGCAGCUUCUCUGUUCUUCCCAUGGCUCUCUCUACCGCCAUAGAGCUCGGCCUAUUCAAGAUUCUCUCCGCCGCCGGGCCUGGCGCUCAGCUCUCUGCUGAAGAUUUUGCUGCCAAGUUAAUCAACGAUGCUACAGGUGAACAUGUUGCUUCUAAGCUCGAGAGGAUUCUUCGUGCUCUUGCCAGCCACCGUGUCUUCACCUGCUCGACGGAGAGCGACGAGCAUGGCCGCACCGUUCAUCGCUACGGCGCCACGCUUGUCUGCAAGUAUUUUACGCCGAAUGAAGAUGGAGUCUCCUUAGCUUCGCUUGCUAUGAUGAGUAAUGAUUGGAUCACCAUGGAGAGCUGGUACCAUUUAAAGGAUGCAAUAUUGCAUGGAGGGGUGGCCUUCAAUAGAGCUCAUGAUGGAUUGAAUGAGUUUGAGUACCAUGCUAAGGAUCCAAGAUUUAGUAAGGUUUUCAAUGAUGGGAUGAGAAGCCAUUCUAUAAUUAUUAUGAAGAAUAUUUUGGAAGUUUAUAAGGGAUUUGAGAAUAUUAAUGUGCUUGUGGAUGUGUGUGGAGGGACUGGAGGGACUUUGAGUAUGAUUACUACAAAGCAUAAGCAUAUUAAAGGGAUUAAUUUUGAUCUUCCUCAUGUUAUUGCUCAAGCGCCUGCUUUGCCUGGAGUGGAGCAUGUUGGUGGAGAUGUAUUUGAAAGCAUCCCCAAUGGAGACGCUUUGUUCCUGAAGUGGGUUCUCCAUGACUGGGACGAUGAGGACAGCCUGAAGAUACUGAAGAACUGCUGGAAAGCAGUCCCAGAAAACGGGAAGGUGAUAAUUGUAGAUUCCAUUCUUCCUGAAACUCCAGAUUCUACGGAUUUAACUCACUGCAUCUUGCACGCUGACGUCAUAAUGCUUCUGGAGAGUCCGAGUGGAAGGGAGAGGACAGAGAAAGAGUUCAGAGCAUUGGCCAAAAAAGCUGGAUUUAGUGGCUUCAGCAUUCUCUGCAACUUCUCCAAUGCUUCCAUAAUGGAGCUCAGCAAAUAGUUUAUUGUUUCAUUCUGCACUGCGGAUGGGGUUUUCUACUGUUGUUCAAGUUUUUUGUCUUUUUGAAUUUUGGUUUAUGUGAUGGUAAGAAUGGGUGUGUUAUGAAAUAGGAAAAUUUAGAAGUGGUUUGUGAUGCUAUUCCUUUGUCGUUGUACAACAUGUUAUAGAUUAUAAUGGAGUUCAAAAGAAUGUUGGAUGCAUGAUACAAAAUGAUGCAGUGUGUUCGAGGAUGAUUUGAAUUGUAUGUUAUGGUUCUUUGAUUGCUCUGAAUUCAGAUCAAAUAAUUCAUUA